GUGGCGGUGAGCAGGCAGGGCACGGUGGCGGGCUACGGAAUGGUGGCCCGGGAGAGCGUGCAGGCGGGGGAGCUGCUGUUCGCGGUGCCGCGGGCCGCGCUGCUGUCGCCGCACACCUGCUCGAUCGGCGGCCUCCUGGAGCGAGAGCGAGGCGCGUUGCAGAGCCAGUCGGGUUGGGUGCCGUUGCUGCUGGCGCUGCUCCACGAACUGCAGGCCCCAGCCUCACCCUGGAGCCCCUAUUUUGCGCUCUGGCCCGAGCUGGGCCGUCUGGAGCACCCCAUGUUCUGGCCCGAGGAAGAGCGGCGGCGCCUGCUGCAGGGCACCGGUGUCCCCGAGGCUGUGGACAAGGACCUGGCCAACAUCCGCAGCGAGUACCACGCCAUCGUGCUCCCCUUCAUGGAGGCCCAUCCGGACCUGUUCGGUCCCAGUGUCCGCUCCCUGGAACUCUAUCGCCAGCUGGUGGCCCUUGUGAUGGCCUAUAGCUUUCAGGAACCCCUGGAGGAAGAGGAAGAGGAAAAGGAGCCAAACUCCCCUUUGAUGGUGCCUGGCGCAGACAUACUAAACCACUUAGCCAAUCACAAUGCCAAUCUAGAGUACUCUGCAGAUUACCUUCGGAUGGUGGCUACUCGGUCCAUUCCUAAAGGCCAUGAGAUUUUCAACACUUACGGGCAGAUGGCUAAUUGGCAGCUGAUUCAUAUGUAUGGUUUUGUUGAGCCAUAUCCUGACAACACAGACGACACAGCUGACAUUCAGAUGGUGACCGUUCGUGAAGCAGCUUUACAGGGAGUGAAAGGGGAAGCUGAAAGGCUCCUCUUAUUUGAGCGCUGGGAUUUCUUGUGCAAACUGGAAAUGGUAGGGGAAGAGGGUGCGUUUGUGAUUGGGCGCGAGGAGGUGCUGACUGAAGAGGAGCUGACCACCACGCUCAAGGUACUGUGUAUGUCUGCUGAGGAGUUCAGAGCCUUUCAGGACCAGUAUGGAUGGGGACAGAAUGCAAGGGAAGAGGACAACCUGACAAUCACCAGUAUCCCGAAACUCAGAGCAUCGUGGAGACAGCUGCUUCGAGACAGUGUUCUGUUGACCCUGCAGACCUACGCCACAGACUUAAAAACUGAGCAAGACAUCCUCAGUAACAAGGAGGCCUAUGCCAAACUCAGCUGGAGGGAGCAGCAGGCCUUACAGGUUCGCUACGGGCAGAAAAUGAUUUUACAUCAGUUGUUGGCACUGACAAGUUAGCUCCUCUUGCCUGAAGGAAAAGCAGUAAGAAUGUUAUUCUUAGCUGUUACUGGUGAAAAGGGAAACUUUGGACCACCUGCUUUUUUUAAAUACCAGAAGGGAAAGUAGCAUGGUGUUAAGGUCAGCAGACUUUGGCAUCAUGACUAAUUGUUAUUUAAGAUGCCCUUGGGCUAAGGCAGACACAGGGUCUCACUAGGUGUUAGGGGCUGACCUCUAGCUUAUCUUUCUGCAGCAUGCUCCUGAGAGCUGGGGCUCUGGGCAUAUGCCAUCAUGGCCAGCUAGAGCAAGAGCUUUAUAGCUAUAGUAUUCUGCUGCAGCCAAAGCCUGCAGAAAGAUGGGGUAACAGCAUGUGAGAACACGGACUUUGGAGGAAGACUUGGUUCAAAUCUGAGUGUACUUUGGGACACUCACUUUACCCUUUUUUGAAGCCUCCACUUGGAGAGGACUUAAAAAGCUAUAUAAUCCCACUGGGUUGGAUCAGUGGUUGCUGUACUUAUAGCCUGGGUAUCUAGUCAGUCUGAGGUCUGUACCAGAUGGCAUGGCUUGCCCUUCAAGAAGCCUGAAGAUACGAGAAGGACAUUCAAGCUUCACUGGCAUCAUAACCCUGAAACUCUGUCCUCCCUAGUCAUAAAACCUGACUACAAUUAAAGGUAAUGGUAAAUUACAA